AUGGAGCCCGUGACCCUCCCGGACGAUGCAGCCUUUCGGGAUUUCGUGGCGGAAUGCGAGUCGCAAGACGGGUGGCUGAGCUGGUACGACCGCUCCGGGGUCUCCGUCUGGGAGCAGGUGGUUCCUCAUGCGGACCUGGCGGUGUACCGUCUCAAGGGCAUGAUUGACAUGCCAGGGGUCACCGCAGAGACAGCCUAUGAUGUCCUACAUGACACCGAGUACCGCAGCAUGUGGGACAUAAACCUUGUUGAGACGCAUCAGAUCGCUCGUCUCACAGACAAUGCUGAUAUUAGCUACUAUGAAUGGAAGUGCCCAAAGCCCUUGAGGAACAGAGAUGUGGUGACUCUGAGAUCAUGGAAAGUCCUGGAUAAGGAUUAUAUUAUCAUGAACUUCUCUGUUAAACAUCCGAAUUACCCUCCACGCAAGGACACAGUGCGGGCUGCCUCGCGUUUGGCUGGAUACCUGGUGCAACCAACUGGACGUGACAGUUGCAAGCUGACUUACCUGGCACUGCUUGACCCUAAAGGAUUUCUGCCCAAGUGGAUUGUGAACAAAGCUGUUCAAUUCCUGGGACCACAGGUGAUGAGGAAGCUGCAUAAAGCUUGCAUGGAAUACCCCGCCUGGAAGCAGGAGCACAACAUGGAUGUGAAGCCUUGGCUGCACCCCGAGCAGAGCCAGCUGCCCACCAUGUUGGUGUCUGAGUUGGCUAUUCAGCAUGCCGCCUCCCUGGAGCACUUCGACGAGAGCAGCGUUAAAGAAGUCAAGGAUCAGCAGGGAGAAGCCAGCGGGUCCGACUGACUACAUCACUUUGUGCUUUUUUGCAGUUUGAGGACAUUCUCUAGUCCGCCACUGUGCCUUUCUGAGAAAUGAUAAAUUAUUCCAGUUUAUUUCAUGUGGUAGCCAGCUUUUUGGGGUUAUUCUUUCUCAAGCACCUGUUGCAAACUUGUGGUCAGAGGGGCAACUCUCUGUCAAGACCA